AUGCCACGGAACCCACUGCACAGCUGGCUGCAUGCUGUGCUCUUUGGACUCCUGCUUCAUCUCGUCCAUGUGCAGGGUCACGACUCACCAGAGGCCAGCCCCAUCAGAAACACACACACUGGCCAGGUCCAAGGCAGGCUCAUCCACUUGAAGGACACCAAAGCUGGUCUCUACAUCUUCCUGGGAAUCCCCUUUGCCAAGCCUCCUGUAGGACCCUUGCGCUUUGCACCUCCUGAGGCCCCUGAGCCAUGGAGUGGUGUGAGAGAUGGGACCUCACAGCCAGCCAUUUGUCCACAAAAUGUCACAAUGAAUAUGGAGGGCAUGAAGGAGUUGAAACUGACCCUGCCGCCUGUUUCUAUGUCUGAGGACUGCCUGUAUCUCAACAUCUACACACCAGCCCACGCCCAGGAGGGCUCUAACCUGCCUGUGAUGGUGUGGAUCCACGGUGGUGCACUCACUGUAGGCAUGGCUUCCAUGUAUGAUGGAUCCGUGCUGGCAGCCACUGAGGAUGUGGUGGUGGUCACUAUCCAGUACCGCCUGGGUGUCCUGGGAUUCUUCAGCACUGGAGAUGAGCAUGCCAGAGGAAACUGGGGAUUCCUGGACCAAGUGGCUGCCCUUCGCUGGGUCCAGCAGAACAUCGCCCACUUUGGUGGCAACCCUGACCGGGUCACUAUUUUUGGCGAGUCAGCAGGAGGCAUAAGCGUGUCUUCACAUGUUGUGUCCCCCAUGUCCAAAGGACUCUUUCACAGAGCCAUCAUGGAGAGUGGAGUUUCUCUGUUGCCUGGAACCAUAUUUAGCUUCUCUGAGGUGGUUUACCAAAUGGUGGCCAAGCUCUCUGGAUGUGAGGCCACGGAUUCACAGGCCCUGGUGCACUGUCUGAGAGGCAAGAGUGAAGAGGAGAUUCUGGUCAUUAGCAAGAACUUCCAGAUGAUCCCUGGUGUGGUGGAUGGAGAGUUCCUACCCAAGCAUCCUCAGGAGCUGCUGGCCUCUAAGGAUUUUCACCCUGUCCCCAGCAUCAUUGGUUUCAACAAUGAUGAGUACGGUUGGAUCGUCCCCAAAGUCAUAGGCUCUGCUCAGACAAUAAGCGGAAUAACCAGAGAGAACCUGCAGGCUGUCUUGAAGGAUACAGCACCACAAAUGAUGUUGCCUCCUGAGUGUAGUGAUCUGUUGAUGGACGAGUACAUGGAGGACAUUGAGGACCCCAAGACUCUCCAAGCACAGUUCACCGAGAUGAUGGAAGACUUCAUGUUUGUGAUCCCUUCUCUCCGAGUAGCAUAUUUUCAGCGUUCCCAUGCUCCUGUCUACUUCUAUGAAUUCCAACAUCAAUCCAGCUUCCUCAAGGAUGUCAGGCCACCCCACGUGAAGGCUGACCAUGGAGAUGAAGUUCCUUUUGUUUUUGGUUCCUUCUUCUGGGGCAUGAAACUUAACCUCACUGAAGAGGAAAAGCUGCUAAACAGGAGGAUGAUGAAGUACUGGGCCAACUUUGCAAGACAUGGGAACCCCAACAGUGAGAGUCUACCCUAUUGGCCCGUGUUUGACCAUGAUGAACAGUAUCUACAGCUGAACAUCCAGCCUGCUGUGGGACAAUUCCAGAAGGCCAGAAGGCUGCAGUUCUGGACCAAGACACUGCCCUGGAAGAUUGAGGAGUUAAAGAGAUCUCAAAACAUGCACAAAGAGCUAUAG